AUCUAUAGCUAUAUGUUGUAUUAAUGUAUACAAAUUGGCAUAUAGUACAUAUAUUAUUAAAAUCGAAUGUUAGGAGUGUAUAUUUAUGUAUAUAUUGCGGAAAAUUACUGAAAAAUCAAAGCUUUCUCUAAAUUCGGCAGACGUAAAAUAAAGAUGAUUAAGGCGAUUUUAGUUUUCAACAAUCAUGGGAAGCCGAGGCUUUCCAAGUUCUACCAAUACUUCAAUGAAGAUAUGCAGCAACAGAUAAUAAAAGAGACUUUUCAGCUUGUCUCGAAACGAGAGGAUAACGUAUGCAAUUUUUUAGAAGGUGGAAGUCUUAUCGGUGGCUCAGACUACAAACUGAUAUAUCGCCAUUAUGCUACGCUCUAUUUUGUCUUUUGUGUUGACUCAUCUGAAAGUGAGUUGGGUAUUUUAGAUUUAAUACAAGUUUUUGUGGAAACCUUAGACAAGUGCUUUGAAAAUGUUUGUGAGCUAGAUUUGAUUUUCCAUGCUGAUGCAGUGCAUCACAUCUUAGCUGAGCUUGUAAUGGGCGGAAUGGUACUUCAAACAAAUAUGACUGAUAUACUAGCACGAAUAGAAGAACAAAACAAACUAGUGAAGCAGGAAGCGGGUAUUUCGGCGGCCCCAGCUCGUGCUGUAAGUGCCGUCAAAAGCAUGAACAUUCCACAACAAAUAAAGGAUAUUAAGCUUCCCGAUUUACCUCAAGCGAUCAAGGACUUGAAGUUCUGACCGAGCCAAAGUUCGGCCUCAGACAUUUUGGAAUCUUUUGUUUCCAGCAAUCUACCAUCUUCAUCAAUAAGUUCGGCAACGUUCGCUGCAUUUUCGACCACGGAUGUAGAUUAUUAUACGUUUUUACGUCAGAAUACAUACGAGCUCAUUGAUGACGAAAAUUCUGUAAGCAAUUUAUCUACACCUUGCUUUACUUCAACUAGUUACAACUCGGAUUACUAUCAACGGGAAACCGGGAAGAAAAUAGAAGCAGUGCUUUAUACAAAUCUAAAUAAGGACGUCGAUAGUUCCUUACCGAACGAACAUAUAAUGAACACCAACGUAGGAAUGGAGACUAGCAUGAAGUUAGUAAAACAGGCAUUUGAUAAAGGUAACGAAGCUGCUCAUAAGCAAAAGAAAAACAAAAAAGACGUCAAGUAUCUCUAAUUUGCAAGACUAACUGAGCUAAAUAAAUAUUCUCCAAAAAAAAUAAUUAAUACCUUUUCACCAUUCACUAAUUGCUUCUUAUAAAAACGUUCACGUUAAUACCUUCAAUAUUAUCGAUCGAUGAAGAUGUUUUAUUUGCUAUAAACGCGUAUCUUUGAUUAUAUAAAGUUUUAUGGAGGCCUACUUUAAGAAAAUAGCUGUUGCCUGCGUAACAAUAAUCAAAAUAAAUAAAUUAUGUUAUAGGUAAUUUAAA